AUGGAAUACUUUUCUUCGGGCACUGAAGCAGAAGCGCCGCCCGGCCCAGCUCCGCAGGAAAGUCGCCCGACGCCGCUUCAAACCAUACCUUCGGGGUUGCCUUUGCUCAGUCCUUUUCUUGGUCCGCCGAAAAGCCAAAAUGACCGGAAUGUGCCUCUGCCGCCCACUAUCCCGGCUACCAAUUUCCAAGGCACGUUGCCUGUGCUAGUGGGACUUUCUUUGCUUGUCGUCACCAGCAAAUUUGUUGUCUAUCUGUCGGAAGAAUCGGUGAUGCCGGCGCAAAUCGUCACGCUGGUUUUUCAGGCUUGCAUGGCGCUUUUGGUAGCGCUGGCGUUCGCCCGGAAAAGAGAAAACGGAACCAACGCUCUGGCUGGAUCAACCGCCCAAGUGUUGGCGGCGUUGGUUCUAUUUUUUGGCGCGUGCCGUGUUUUGUCUCCGGCUCGAGUGGCUGGUGUGUUUUUCUGCUUGUUUUUGAAUGCCUGGAACCCAUACACGGCGCUAGCAUUUUUCUUUGACUUCUACAGACUGUACCAAGACUCACUUGCCUCCGUUCUGCUUGUCCUUGUUGGCUAUACAGCACUUUUGGCCGCGUAUCACACGUUGCACAAAACGGUGAUGAAAAGAGCAAUAUCGCGGCCUAAUCUCACUGUCGUGGGCCCAGCAAUGGCUUUAUCGGUCGUUUCAGCAGUACUUUUCUUUCCCUCCUUGGUCAAUGUGCCCCUUCUACUUAUCAAUUCGGCAGUUCUUGUGCUUCUUGUCUUUUCUUUGCCAGAAGCGUACAUACGUACCAAGAUCAACAUUCUUGUUGUGUGCGCAUUCACGUAUCUGCUCGAGGCACUUGUUCUUCGCAGUGCUGAGGUGUCUUUUGUUGAAAUUUUGGUGUCGGUGAUGCUCCCGCUCAUGAUUCGUAUUGAUUACUCUGAAGUUUUCAAGCCUACAACAGAUACAGAAACAACCCACUCGCCCAUCAUCAAAGAUUUGCUUAGCCAUUCCGAUACAAGGGCAAUCUUCCAUUUUCUCUUGUUGAACUCGGCGUUUAUGUUGGUGCAGCUCCUCUACUCUUUCCGGUCAAAAUCCUUGGGGUUGUUAUCAGACUCUCUCCAUAUGGCGUUGGACUGUUCGUCUUUGGCCUUGGGUCUCGUGGCUGGAAUUAUGCUGAAACACCCAAUUAAUCCUAAUGGCAAAUAUCCGUUUGGUCUUCGUCACUUUGAGAUUUUGGCUGGUUUUGCCAAUGGUGCUUUACUUGUGGGAAUUUCCGGCAGUAUCAUUUUUGAAGCCAUUGGUCGUUUGUUUGUGCCUGUUGCCUUGGAAAAGACGACAGAGCUUAUAGUUGUGUCCAUAUUGGGGCUCUUGGUCAACAUCGUGGGUAUCUUUGCUUUCAACCACGGCCACUCUCAUUCACAUUCCCAUUCCCAUUCCCAUUCCCAUUCACACGCUCAUUCACACGGUCAUUCUGAUGCCCACUCAGAACACUCACAAUCGCAUUCUGAACAUUUACAUCCACAACCACAUACAGAUACCCAUUCUCAUUCUCACACUUCUACCUCACAGCCCGAUAACCACAUUGAAUCUGGGUCUUGUGAUUCUAGCAUGAACGACAACAUGAGAGGCAUAUUCCUACACAUUCUCGCCGACACGCUAGGUUCUGUCGGCGUUGUCAUUCUGACCAUUCUCACUCGUUUCUUUUCGUGGCAGGGAUUCGACCCGGUGGCUUCUAUCAUCAUUGCCCUUCUUAUUUUUUUCAGUGCACUUCCUCUCAUGAAGUCAACGGCAUCUACAUUAUUAUUGAAACUUGACACCACCAAAGAAGCCACUAUUCGCAGCGCUUUGAACGAUAUUGCCUCUAUCAAAGGUGUCAAGUCCUUUUCAACACCCCGUUUCUGGUCUUCGGAAAACACUCUACAAGGCUAUCUUCACGUGCAGAUCUACAGAGGCGAAAACAGCGUCUACCUCCGAAGACAAUGCGUUGAUGUUUUCCGCAAACAUAAAGUGGAGGCCAUGAUCCAGAUGGAAAACGACUACGAUCCUUGCUGGUGCAGAAAACAGGAUGGUGUUUAA